CAAUCCUUAGGGCGAGUGGGGUAUUUCCCCAUACCCAGAUUUUUGUUCCUUGAACAUUGACGCGAAUUCAAUGGCGUUCAACACAUAAUUCACGGAUCGUUCCUCCUGUUUCUUGCCCAACAUGACCCAGACAGGAGUAUCUCCCCAGCUUCCAUCCAGAACUGCAACCGAGCAGAUGAAAAAUAUCUGUUCGGAUGACGUCACAGCCUACCACGGCCGCGAAGAAAGGGCGGCUCGCACGAUUCAGCGAGUUUAUCGUGGAUAUAGGACUCGGCGCGAAAUUCAGGGCUUCAGUGUUGCCGCAUCGACAAGAAAUCUGGAGACCCCCAGGAAUGCAGAAACAGACCCCUUUGAUGAAGAUGAACAGCGAAAUCCCGAUAAUGAUGCCGACAAGAGUCCCGCGCGCAAGAACUGGCAACGGGCUGUUAGCGUUGCAAUCAGAGCCGGUGGAGACGAUGAUCGCAUGGUGGAAUCUGCUGCUCGCGCCCGAGUGAAUCCAUCUCAUAAGGCAAACCAGAUACGCGCAACAACAGCGAAGACCAUGGAUUUACCAUACUUUUUGGAAAUGGUAGAUGUGAAGCACCGACACGGAAGCAAUUUACGGGCUUAUCACAACGUGUGGAAGGAUUCCCCUUCAAACGAAAACUUCUUCUACUGGCUAGACUAUGGAGAAGGGAAAGAUGUGGACCUUGAGCACCGCCCACGAGAAAGGCUCGAGAAGGAACAGAUUCGAUAUCUUUCACCCGAGGAGCGUCAGAAUUACAUGGUCAAGGUAGAUGAUAACGGCCUGUUCAGAUGGGUGAAAAACGAAGAGUUAGUGGAGACCGACAACAAGCGAUUCAAGGACAGUAUUCAUGGUGUGGUGCGUAUGGAUGAUCGGACACCUGGAUUCCGAGGGAAUUCGAUUUUAGAGACUCCUCCAUCUGAGCCUGAGUUUAGCUCAUCCUCCUCCUCUCCACGGACACCUCCAAAUGAUGACAGCCUUGAGAAGGCCCAGUUGACGACGGACCAAGAUUAUGAACUGGGUAAGGCAGUCAAAAAAUUUUCACAUAUCAAGCCAGAGGCGAUAUAUGACCAUUUCGCGGGCACCUUUUCGAAAAGAGACGGGAUGUGGAUCUUUGUUGCAGAUACGUCGUUUCGCAUCUACAUUGGAAUCAAGGAGCCCGGUGCCUUUCAACACUCCUCAUUCCUGAGAGGUGGUCGUAUCGCUGCAGCUGGCAUGCUCAAAAUUCGCCAUGGACAGUUAAGGAGCCUGGCUCCAUUGAGUGGUCACUAUCGACCCCACGUCGCCAAUUUUCGAGCUUUUCAUCAUUCUCUGCAAGAGAGAGGCGUAGACCUAUCACGGGUAUCUAUCAGCAAAUCGUAUGCUGUUCUUGCAGGUAUCGAGGGCUAUGCCUUGACAAAGCGAAAAGUGCAUUCUGUGCAAGAAAAGUUGGGCGAAGCGAAGCAAAAGCUUCAUCUCCCUCGCCAAGACGAAAAGGUUCAAUGAUGUCUUUGAUGUGCGCCUACACAUAUAAACACGG